UGACAAUACUUCAAUUCCAAUUUAUCACGUGACAUGUUUAAGGCCAUAAGAUUAAAGGAUAUUUUAGUACAUAACUUUUAAUUUAAAGCUACAAUAUUCAACAUGACAUGUUUAAGAUCACAAAAUUAAAGGAUAUUUUAGUACAUACCUAAACGAUUCAAGUUCUUUUAUUUUCUUAAAUUCCCUGUCGAAGCCUCUGCAGCUGAUGCCCAUUUAUAGAGAUUGAGGUAAGUUUGUCAUUAUUAAGGCUUUAAUAAUGACAAACUUACCUCAAUCUCUAUAAAUCAGCUGCAGAGGCUUCGGUUCCAUCGGAGUAGGUGUAGGAGCACCGUCUUGUUCGUCUCCAGCUUAUAAUGCAAUUGGCUGAACAAGUUGUGUUUGAUCUAAGCAACCCUAAUCUUUAUGAAAACUCUCUUCUAGAACUUUUGAAGGUGUAUUCUUCUCGCUUCCAACGGUUUACUUUAUGAUACAACUCAGUUUCCCCGGGGAAUUGUUCGAUGAUGAUAGGUUUUGGAGUAAGAAAGUUCUACAAUAGCGUUUUCACGAAGAUCAGGGUUAUUAAGGUCAAGCACAAGCUGUUUAACCGAUGUCGACCGAGAGAGAUUGAGAUAAGUUUGUCAUUAUUAAGGACUUAAUAAUGACAAACUUACAUUAAUCUCUCAACUGCAGAGGCUGCGGUUGCAUUGGACUUGGAGUCGGGACGCUGCUCCUCUUCUGACGGCAUCAAAACGUCCGCAUUGAUGUCGACUGAUAGAGAUUGAGGUAAGUUUAUCAUUGUUAAGGACUUAAUAAUGACAAACUUACAUUAAUCUUUUUGAGUUGGUAUCAGCUGCGGGGGCUUCGGUUGCAUUGGACUAGGAGUAGGAGCAGCGUAAGGAUCGCAAAAUGCAAUCUGUUGGACAGUUUGUGUUUGAUCUAAGCAAUCCUAAUCUUCAUGAAAACACUCUUCUAGAACUUUUGAAGGUUUAUAUUUUUCACUUCAGCGGUUUACAUAAAUGUUUCGUUUUGUUUUUUACUGGUGUUUUGUUUUCUUAUUUUGAUGGAGUAUGGACUCCUCGGGCAUGAGUUUGUAUAAUUCAAUUCUGGAUUGCGAUGAAGUUUCUGUAUAAUUAACAAUGCAGGACUUAAGAUUUAUCUUACGUGUUAGGGAUAAAGUAGAAGACUGCAAAUACUAGGUUUUGAUGAGUAUCACUUGAGAGAGUUGAAUUGUUAUUGGAUUCACAGAAAAUUAAGAUGAAAAAAGACGUUGACGACUUAUUGCCUUUGGUUUCCUUUUCCAGAAGAGGGAACUUUUCUAGGAUUUGGCAAAUCCACCUAAUGAUGGCAUUGGUCAGAAUACCUCUGUCCCUUUUUUUUUUUGGUAAUGAAAUAUUGACCUCUGCCUUGUGUAUUGAUGUUCGAAAAUUAGGAAAAUACAUAAAUACUCCCUUGACAAUACUUUUCUGGAUAAGUUUAGGAGUGUAAUUUGUGUAUUUCCCCUUCAAAUAUUAAUUACAUGAAGGAAGGGAAAUGGCUAUUUACCUUGUGAUAUCAUAAAAGAAAGGGUACACAUCCCUUCUUUUUUUACACUUUAAAUGUAAAUAUAACUAGAUGAAUCUCAAUUUCCAGUUUGACCUUUUAAGUUGUGGAGGACUCCUCCAUGUUAGAGAGUAGACAGAUUUAUAAAAAUAAUCUAAGUAGAAAAUACGAUCUUGGGAGAACUUCUCCCGUUUACUAUAUGGAUUGCUGAUAUAAGCAAGUUUCCAAAAAUUAUGAAAUGAAUUAAUCUAAAAAGUCCUUUGAUUUUGCUUGUUUAGUUCUGAAAUACGGCACGUUGCAUCCUAUCCAAUAUGUAUGCCCAUUUUGCUUCCUACUGUAAGUCUUCAAACUUUAAAGGCUGUACUUGUUUUGGAAAGUGAAGAUUCCAGUUAGCCAUUGCAUACAACACUUCAUUUGCCUUUGGUAACAGUCUCUCAUUGCACAUUCCUUGGCACAAGAUCGUCAAACUGAUUACAUAGUUCCUUUGUGGACAUGUAAUAGAGGAGAUUUUGAAUUUUUGCAUAGGUGAAGUAAUUCGUGAUAACAGUGCAACAGGAGGAGAGAUGAGUUCUAUGGAGGACAAAUAAAAUCGCCAAAGGUUCUUGCAGACAUUGUGGAGUCCACAAUGGGUGCUGUAUAUUUGGAUUGUGUCUUUGAUGUGAAUGUUUUCGGGGUGGUCAGUUUUUUUCUUACUAUUUAAGUAUCUGCUGGCUGUGGAUUUUAUAAAAAACUCUAUUUUGUUUUCCCUUUCUAGAUUAAGAUUACCAAUGUAUGAAGCAACUAUGCCUCAAUCCCAUCUAGUUAGGUUGGUUAUAUGAAUUCUCUAUAUUUAUUUCUCUUGAUUUCUAUUAUAACUUGAAAAUAAUUAUGCGGGAUUAAAAAGUUGAGUCUCGCUGGCUUAUUGGCUAUCAGUAAGUGUAUAUAAUUUUCAACCUCUGUGCUAGUAAACACGGGGCUUCAAUUGUUACUCAUCGAACCCAUUUUCAUGCAAAGCUAGUUAUCCUAGUAAACUUUGCAUUAAAUUUACGCAAGCAAUUACCAUGUAUUAGUGACUUUGCUGCAAGCGGUGUGGUGUCUGAGUAAUCAUUAUGUAUGCUUGUUAGUUGUUAGAGGUAAAUUUUUUUACCUCUAGAAAUGUGUUGUGUGUUAUUCUCCAAUAGCAGAGGCCAAGGAAAGUCGAGGAAAUAUUGGGAAGAGUUGAUUAGACAGGAUAUGAUACAUGUUCAGCUUAUCAAGACAUGACCUUAGAUAGGAGGGAAUGGAACUCGCGGAUAAGGGUCGAAGGUUGGUAGGUAGUCCUAUGUUGUCUUAGCAUUAGUCUAUUCUUGUAGAGUUUGUAGUCUUUUGAUGGGUUGUCUAGAGCACCAUAUCUUAAUGUUUAUUGUAGGAUUAGCCUGCUCAUGUAUUCUUUGGCUUUGUGUCUAUGUAAUCAUUUGAUAUUUACUAUAUUUAAGUGGUCACACCUUGUUAGAUGUUACAGGUUCUUUGUAUAUAUUCUCCACAUUGCUCUCAUAUUAGUUGCCACUGCCAUUUUUCCUUUCAAUUACUACGUCGAUUUGCUUCUCUUGAGCUGAGGGUCCUUCAGGAACAGUCUCUCUUCCUUCAAGAGGUAGAGGUAAGUUCUGUGCACACUCUAUCCUUACCAGGCUCCACCUUGUGGGAAUUCACUGGGUCUAUUUUUGUAUUAGAUCAUCACUUAAUAUGAAACGAAUGGAGGUAGUAAUGAAAUGCUUGAAAAGGCUUGAACCACAAUUAAAAUUCAAAAUGUAAUAAUUAUGUUUAAGAAAUAAAUGGUAGUACUUACCACUUGCGGUCUAUGUAGUAGGGAUUAAUUGUCUAACAGUAUUUUGCUUGAAAUCCAUAUGCAACAAUUGAGUUUUUUGGUUUGUAUUCGUCUUGAUGGAGAUUAAAAAAUAACAAAUUAUGUGGGAUAGGGGGUUUAUGACGGCGGGUCGAAAACAACAAAUUUUGUUGGGGUGAGGAGUUGAAGUAAAAACGACAAAGUUGCACACAACCAUAGGUAACGGAUGAAAGUUUGAGUUGGAUUUCAUUUAUUUUCUUCACACUUUCAGUAAAGGGUCGAGAUUAGUUAGCACAUGUCAAUGUGAAUGAAACUCUUUUUGCCCAAAUUUGACCAUUUUCAUUUCUCAGUGACGGAGUGAACAAUUGGGGGGUGGUUACCCUUUUUUUGGCCAUUUUGGUUGGUGACGCAAGAACUAGUACCAUUAAUGUUUGUUGGAUUAUAAUUUUUUUCUUUUUUCUUAAAUUAUUAAUUUUGAGAUUGCUAGGCAGGACGGGUUGUAGUCUUUGGGUGUAGAAACUAUAAAAGGGGGAAAAAAGUAAAGUGAGCGAUAGGAAGGAAUCCGAUUGAGGUAAAAAUGGUAAAAAAACUUAACUCAAUCUCUUUCAAUUGGCAUCGGCGGUGGCGGCAGCAGAGCAUCAUCGUCGUCUCCUUGUGUCGGAGCUCCAACUGAUAUGUAUCGCCAAAUGCAAGUUGCCGAACAGCUGGUUCUUGAUCUUUGUUACCCCACUUAUCGUGAAAACGCUCUUCUAGAACUUUCUAAGAAGAGGGAACUUUCCAUGAUUUAGCCGCCUUGUUGUGGAACUCAUUUGGUACUUCUGUUGUUCUCCUACAGGAGAUAAUUUCUAUAUAUCUUUUUCUGUUGCCGCCAAACCUGACUCCUGCACAACCAAAUAGAGUUUGUAACGUACUAGCACUUCUUCAGUGUGUAACAUCUCAUUCUGACACCAAAAUGUUGCUCCUCAAUGCAAAAAUUCCUUUCUAUUUCUACCCUUUUCUUGAUACAACAAGCGAGUCUAGACCAUUUGAGUAUUUGAGGCUUACAAGCUUAGGUGUCAUUGGUGCUCUCGUGAAGGCAGAUGACACUCAAGUUAUCAAGAUUCUUCUUCCAACACGGAUAAUUCAGCGGUGCUUGCGCGCGAUGCAGAUAGGAAGUGAACUGUCAAAAACAGUUGCAACUUUCAUUCUGCGAAGAUGCCUUCUAGAUGAUGUAAGUUUGAGGUACAUCUGUACCACACCAGAAUUGGUUUUUGCGGUAGUCCGAGUUUUAGGGAAUAUGGUUGGCGCACUUGCUGCACAACCUUCAUCUAGUCUGCUGAAACACAUAAUUAGGUGCUAUCUUCGUUUGUCUGAUAAUCCAAGGUUAGUUUUCUGCUAUGUUGCUCAGACUCUUCAAAAAUAUUGAUUGGUGCGUGCGGAUCCUCAAAAAUUAAUGCACUUUUGGAGGAUCCGACACUGGUGGGGCAACAUUUUUGGAGAGUCCGAGCAACAUAUGUUUUCUGUAUAUCACCAGCCUGGAUUAUACUUUCAGCUUUCGUAUGUGUGAUAUAUCACAAUCCUCUUUGGGUUUCUCUCAUUUCUGUGAGGCUAAAGGCUAUGUGCAUGGCUUAUGGCAGGGCAUUUGAUGUAGUGAGAAUUCUUCUUCCUGAUAUUCUUAGAGUUACCACCUUCAGCAGUCGUCUUAGUGUAUGCAAUACUUUGCAAUAUAAGUAGCUCAACCCCUUCCCUCCCCCCCUCCCGCACCCCCACAAACCUAACACCCGGGGGCUGCUCCGUUAGUGAUCAUGAAGCAGUCCUUUUCUGGCAUUAGACCCUUGUUUUCUUUCUGACCAUGGGUGGUUUCGCGUUAUGUUAUGUUAUCAGGAGGAUCGAGUGACGAAGAAGUGGCUGCAGCAAUUGCUUCACAACGUUGAUGGGAAUCGGAAGAUUUGAUUGUGAUUCUAGUGAACUGAAUUCAUAAAACUAGGACUUAAAUUAGGAUCUUUUGUUGGAUUAGUUAAGGUGCAUAUUUUUAGUGCAUUUCUGUACUGUACUUAGGAUCUUUUGUUGGAGUAUUUAAGGUGCAUCUUUGGAAUGCAUUUCUGUACUUAAAUUAGGAUCUUUUGUUGUUGUAUUUAAGGGAGUGAAGCCUUGGAGUAAA